AUGUUUGACGACGAUGACGAGAGUUCUGCAAAAAGUUCUGCUCCACCCUGCUACACCCUAAAGCAACUGCAAAUAAUGACGCAGCAAUUGCUGCAUCAGCAGAAGCAGCUGCAUAUCCAGCAGCAGAAGCAGCAGCAGCAGCAGCAAAAAGAGCAAUCGCUGUUGCUGCAAAUUAAGCAGCUGCAACUGGAAUUGCAGCACCAGCAGAAGCAACUGCAGCUACAGAAACCGCAGCAACCGCAGCCGCAGCCGCAACCGGGACAGGAACAGCCGGAGCAGCAGCUGCAACAGCCACCGCAGCAAGAGCAGCAACAAGAUAAAAAGAACUUAUUCAUAUCUGUAAAAGACAUCAUGAUGUGCAAAAUACGAUCGAGCAACCCGUGGUGCGCAUCGGAUUACGCAAAUGCCGGUGGUACUGAUCUGCAAGUAAAGAUAUGCGAUUUACAAAAUUGUGAAUUGUGA